AUGAAACCGGUAAUCAUUUUGACACUGUGCUUAAAACUGGCACUCGCUUAUCAUGAUCCUGAUUUGAACUACCACCUAAGCCAAGUACAAAGAGUAACUAACUUUGACCACGGUUAUUCAUAUUCUGCACCUGCCGUACAAUUGACCACCACCGGAAUCAAAACUGCAGCUGCGUCAGCUCCUGUCGUUUCUCAACCAAUCAUUCAAGCGCCUGCCUAUCAAUAUUCUGGUCAAGCAGGAUAUUCAACGGGCAUCACUUACCAAUCUGCUGCUCCAAAAAUCACCUACGCUGCACAGCCUGCCGCGUCUUACCAAAGCUUAUCGGUUGCAUCAAAUUACGCUACUGCCCAAGAAUAUAACAGAAAGGAAGUACAUGGUUACGCAACCUCGGCUGGACUAUCAUCAGGCGAAACACUCGGCAGGGCAAUAACUCCUUCAGCGACAUAUGCCCAUGCACCGAUCAUUGCCAAAGUAACCGCGGCUCCUCUCAGAGCAAAAUUCGAAUUCCUUCCGGCUAAGACUUCAUAUGCUUCACAAAACUUUAUACAUCAUGCACCGUAUACAGGAUCCCUUGCAAAAGCUUCCCUGUACUCCAACAGCAAUGUACAUGUCGGACCCGUAGUAUCGGAGGUUUAUGCCGCUCCCUCUGCUGGUUACGCGACGUCACCUGCCUUGAAAGUACAGCAAGAUUCUCAAUAUUUAGCACCUGUACAAUAUUCCUCCGUUGCAGCGCCAGCUGAAGCCCAGUACCAACAAGUGGCUCAGGUAGCUCCUGCAGUCUCGCAAUAUGCUACGCCUUCACUCUCACAUGGAUCUUCUUCAGUAGUUUCAUCACAAUAUUUCACGCCUGUCGUAUCACAGUACGACAGUGCCAAUACCGCUCAGUACUCUACACCUCUCGUCGCACAAAACACGGUUCAAACCCAGUACUCCUCGCCAUCAGUGUCACAUUAUGCAGCACCAGCAGUAGCUCAACAUUCCGGAGCUUUUCAGCGGCACUAUUCAGCGCCAGCUACACCUAUUGCCGUCAAAAAUGUGCACAAAGAUUUUUUGGAGAAUUACGACGCCAACCCGCGCUAUGCUUUUGAGUACAGUGUCAACGACCCCCACACUGGAGAUAUUAAGCAACAGAAGGAGGAGAGAGACGGAGAAGUCGUUAAAGGUCAGUAUUCUCUAGUGGAGCCGGACGGCUCCGUGCGUACCGUGAACUACGUCGCCGAUUGGGACACAGGUUUCCACGCCGACGUACACAACAGCAAAGACAAGCAACAUUAG